AUGACGAGCCCUGCCAAUUCAAAGCCUGGCUCCUUGGAUGCCAAACGAAAUGUGGAGUACGAUGAGAAUGCUCCCGAGCGCGACGAGGUUCUCGAGCGAUACGAGCUCAUCAGGGACAAGACCCCAGAAGAACGAGCUGUCAUUGAGAAGUCACUCGUACGCAAACUUGACUGGAAGUUUCUCGCAAUGGUCACAGCCAUGCUUAUGAUGAACUACCUCGACCGAAUCAAUGUCUCCAACGCUCGUCUCGCCGGCAUGCAAGAAGAUCUACACAUGACUGACACUAUGUGGUCCCUGGGUAUAUCUCUAUUCUACGUCGGAUACAUCAUCUCUCAGAUCCCUGCCAACGUUAUUAUCGCAAAAGGAAGCCCCCGUAUUCUUCUUCCGUCUUGUAUGAUGGCAUGGUCUGUCGUCACUAUCUGUAUGCCUGCUGUUACUGCAGGCUGGGGCUUCUGCUUGUGUCGUUUCGUUAUCGGACUCGUUGAGGGGCCCUUUGUUCCAGCCGUGUCUUUGAUGACCUCGUCCUGGUACACAAAGCAUGAGUCACCUUUGAGGAUGGGUAUCUGGCACGCCGGAAACACAAUCUCUCAGGCGAUAUCUGGCCUACUCGCAGCUGGAAUCUUGACCAACAUGGAGGGCGUCGCCAACAUCCGAGCGUGGAAGUGGUUUCUCCUCAUCGAAGGUGCUGUGAGCAUUUUCGUUGCCAUCGUCAGCUUCCGUUACAUACCCAACUUCCCCGACAACACCGGAACUUACUUCAUUACGGAGGAAGAGGCUGAAAUGGCUCAAUACCGUCAAGCUGUUUCUGCUGGUGGUCUGUCCGAAGAUGAUGCUGGUGACUACUGGGGCGGCUUCUGGAUGUGUAUGAAAGAUCCAUUUUCACACCUCUUCGCAGCUAUUCACUUCUGCUUGAUUAUCGCACAAUCCUACAAGGACUUCUUCCCUUCUAUCGUUGCUACUCUUGGCUUCUCGGGUACUACAACCUACCUCAUUCAGGCUCCUCCACCGAUCAUUGCCUUUCUCGUUACCUUGGUUAUUAGUUGGUCGUCCGGACGCCGUCUAGAGCAUGGUUAUCACAUCAUAGUUCCCAUUCUGUUCACGUUGAUCGGCUGUUGCAUCAUGAUUACGCAAGAUAAUGUUGGAGCUCGAUAUUUCUCCAUGAUCCUUCUAGUCAUCGGUCCGUUUGUUGGUCUGAACCUUCAAAUCUCUUGGGAAACUACUGUUGUGCCUCGGCCCCGAACCAAGCGUGCUGCCCUGAUUGCCUAUGCUAACUGUGUUUCCUCUGUGUCUCAUUGGUUCACACCUUACUUUUUUCUACGAAACCAGGAGCCAUACUAUCAGACUGCAGGAGGCGCGAUUAUCGCGGGCUGUGGUCUCGUCGUUGUUUUCGUCCUGAUUACGAAAUGGUAUAUUCAGAAGAUGAACAAGGAAUUGGAAGCCGCAGAAAAUGCUGCUGGAGAGCCCAAAGGAUGGAGAUAUGCUGGAUAA